UUCCCCAACCUCCGAAUCAUCCACGAACAAGAGGAGAGGAGAGGAGACCACGUCCUGCGCUUGCGCAGUGGUUGCCCGCCACCAACUCCAAGAAGAGCUCGCGCGCGGCUCGCCAGAGGCGGCAGCUAGCUAGCAGCAAUGGCGGCCACCAACCCAUGACCAGGCGCCACGGCUACCUAUACUAAACCCUCCUCCAGCCGCCGCCGCACCGUCGGUCAAGAAACGCAAGUAGCUAGGCGCGGAGAUCCUGCGCCCACCGUCUCCGGCGAUCGACGAUGAUGGUGAUGGGCUACUUCCGGUCCACCAAGGCCUCCACCGCGACGUCGCCGCCGACGGCCAGGAAGAAGGCGAAGAAGGACGGUCGCCGGGCGGCGGCGCAAGAGGACGCGGGCCUUCGGGAGUCGCUGCUGGAGCAGCCGGCCGCGGCCGCGGCGGAGGGCGGCGUGCCCAAGGGGUACUUCGCAGUGUACGCCGGGGAGGAGUCCCGGCGGUUCGUCGUGCCCACGGGGUACCUCCGGGAGCCGGCGUUCCGGGAACUCAUGGAGCGCGCCGCCGACGAGUUCGGCUUCGCGCAGGCCGGCGGCCUGCGCGUGCCGUGCGCCGAGGAGGACUUCGAGGACCUCCUGCGCCGCCUCCAGCGCAAGAACGCCGCCGCCGGCAAGGGGAAGAAGGCCAUCCUGUAGGCGAGUGGAGAAUUGCUUGACGUGUAGAUGAGAUCAGCUCUGCUCAGCUGAGGGUGCAGCUCUCCUGUACAGACAAUACAGAGUGCGAGCAAGCAGCCACAUGCAUGCAGGCGUAGCAUAGCAUAGGUGAAUGCAUGGUGUGUUGAUUCACUGUUCGUUCCGUGAAACAUGGAGUAUGUAGAAAAUUCUUGGGGGGAAUUGAGUUAUUUAGUCUUCAAAACUUGUAAGAUUUGAAUUUGAGUCAAAUUUCUAGUGUUGAGUUGAGUUGUUGAGUUGAAAGUGUGUUUGUAUAUCUUUAUUUUUUUCUCCUUCUAAUAAAAAUUACGGCAAAUCUCUUGCCGUUCUCUUCAAAAAAA